CGGAAACGGACGUCGCGUUUUCACUUGUGCGUGACAGGAGGAUCCGGCGGCACGCAGAGAGAGUCGAGGGUGCACUCACUAUAAGACAGGAUGACCGGGUUACCCCGUAGGAUCGUUAAGGAGACCCAGCGCUUAAUGGCAGAGCCAGUUCCUGGGAUAAAAGCUGAGCCAGAUGACUGCAAUGCACGAUACUUCCAUGUUGUAAUUGCGGGGCCACAAGAUUCACCCUUUGAAGGAGGGACAUUUAAACUUGAAUUAUUCCUUCCUGAAGAGUACCCAAUGGCAGCUCCUAAAGUACGCUUCAUGACCAAAAUCUAUCACCCCAAUGUAGACAAGCUGGGGAGGAUAUGUUUAGAUAUCUUGAAAGAUAAGUGGUCUCCAGCUCUGCAGAUCCGUACAGUGCUUCUAUCAAUUCAAGCUUUGUUAAGCGCACCCAACCCAGAUGAUCCAUUAGCAAAUGAUGUAGCCGAGCAGUGGAAGACAAAUGAAGCCCAAGCCAUAGAAACAGCCAGAGCGUGGACUAGGCUAUACGCCACGAAUAAUGUUUAAAUUCUUCUUGAUCUCAUAAGUGUGCAUCAAAUCUUCUGUUCUGCCAAGACUUCUUCCUUUUUGUUUGCAUUUAAUGGACACAGUCUUAAAAAAUAAUAAAAUUAAAAAAAUACUGAAUAAAAAAAAAAAAGCCCAGACAUGGUCAGUCUUUGGUGAUUAAAUGCACAGUAGCAAAUCUCAUGUCUUGUCCUAAAUCACUGUUGUACCGCAUGUGCAGAGGCUGUAGAUUAUCAUUAGCAUGUCCAGAAGAGGUGGAACUACCUCCAUAUCUCUCCAUUUUGGCAUUGUGAGUUCAGUUUAGGCCCUGUAAAUUGAGAUGUUUUAGGUUAGUUGCAUCUUGAUUUUCUUUUUCUCCUUUUUAAUUACUGGGCACCUCUGUGUUUUAUAGUUCCCCUAGUUUUGUUCUUUGAAUGCAGCUAACCUGAACCUAGAAUGUUUGCCUGAUGUAGCCUGCUAUUGUAGACAGAGUAGGUGGACAAGCUUGAUUGAAGAAACAAUGGCAAAAUCAGGAGGCCAUCAAGAGCUCGGCCAGACCUUCACUAACCUUCUUUUUGAGUGUUAAACCUUCCAAAGCUUGUGACCAUUUUGUAUGGCUUGUCUUGAAAAUCUGUAUAUCUUAUGUUUUAGUAAAAUAUUUUUUUGUUAUUCUA